AAUGGAAGAAGAACAAAUUUCUAAUGUCAAUCCAACUCCCUUAUUUCCACCACCACCACUGCAAAGGUAUAUUUCUCUCUCUCAUGUAGAAAAAUAGGAUAGUUACAAUCACAAUGGUUUAUUUAUUCUUUUGUCUUUUGGUGGGUAGAAUGCAGUCUGUAGAUGAUAUACAACUACUAUCACCGUCACCUUCUCAACCUUUUGAGGAGUCUGCUAAUUCUUCUGAAGCACUUUACACUCCUGAAGUCAAAAAUGAGGUGAUACCGAAAAUUGCACAACAAUUUAAAAGCUUAGAGGAUGUUUUCAAAGCUUAUAACAAUUAUGCAUUCGAAGCUGGUUUUAGUGUGCGAAUCAAUUCUAGCAAGACGGAUAAGAAUCGUGAAACCAUUAGGAAAGAGUAUGUUUGUUACAAAGAAGGGGAGAGUAAAUGUUCUGAGGCCAGUCAACGACAACGGGGUUUAACUAGGGAGAAAUGUGGUGCAAAAUUAACAGUAGUAAAAAAUCGGUCAGGUGAAGGGUUUGUUGUGACCCAAUUUGUGGAGGGGCAUAGCCACCCUCUUACGACGCCAAGAAAGAAGCAUUUCUUGAAAUCUCAUCGUCGAGUGUCAGUUGCACAGAAAGCGUUAACGCAACAACUAGCAGCUGCAAAUGUGUCAACCAGCCAACAAAUGAGUGUUUUAGAGUUGCAAGCUGGGGGUCUCGAAAAUAUUAGCUGUUUACGGCGAGAUUUUUAUAAUUCUCAAAGGGAUAUGAGGAAAUAUGUAGAUGGACAUGACGCCAACAUGUUGAAAGAGCUUUUUGAGACUGAAAAAGAAAAGAAUCAAGGUUUUACGUAUACAAUCGAGGAAGAUGAUGAGCACAGGCUAACCCAUUGUUUUUGGGCCGAUGCGACGUCUAGGAAGUCAUAUCAGUAUUUCGGUGACGUGGUGGUAUUUGAUACUACAUAUAACACGAACAAAUAUUGCUUGAUGUUUGCACCUUUAUUAGGGGUUAACCACCACGGGCAGACAACGCUUUUUGGGUGUGCCUUCUUAAGUGACGAAAAAAGUGAAUCAUUUGAGUGGCUUUUCAAGGAAUUUUUGAAAGCGAUGCCUGGACCACCGCCCAAAAUGAUCAUAACUGAUCAAGAUCCGGCAAUGACAAGAGCAAUUGCUUGUGCUCUUCCCAAUACGUUUCAUAGAUAUUGUAUUUGGCACAUUGUUAGUAAAUUUUCUGAGAAAAUAGGUGCAUUGGCAUACAAAGAACAUUAUGAAGAGUUCAAGAAAUGCAUUUGGAAUUCCGAGAGCCCUGAAGAGUUUGACGCAACAUGGGCAUAUAUUGUAGGAAAAUCGAACUUGUCCACCCAUCAAUGGUUGCAGGCCAUGUACGAAAUUCGUGGCAGAUGGGUUCCUGCAUAUACGAGACACAUUUUCUCUGCCCACAUGACAAGUAGUCAAAGGGCUGAAAUUUCUCAUGCAUUCUUCAAGAGGUAUUUGUCUGACAAUAAUUCAAUGUAUGAAUUUGUGACACGGUUCGAAAGGGCACUUGCACGUCUACGACAUAAUGAAUUAGAUUUGGACCACAAAGAUAUAAAUGAGAAGCCAGUCCUGAAAACCUCAUGGUCGAUGGAAAAGAAAAUGAGUGAGUUAUACACACUCCAUUCAUUUAAGAAAUUUCAGGAGGAAAUAUUUCAGGUUGGUGCAUAUGUUCUUACGAUACUACAUGAGGAUGAAUGUCGCUCUGUGUGGAAGGUUCAUAGGGAAGAAAUGGAAGGUUCGAGAGGUCGUGAGGUGUUGGUAGACAAGUCAUCGAACCGUGUGAGUUGUAGUUGUCAGAUGUUUGAAUUUGACGGAAUUCCAUGUCGACACUUGUUGGCAUACUUGUCUUUAAUGCAGAUUAGAGAACUCCCUAGCACAUACAUUUUGCUAAGGUGGACUAAAACUGCAAAAGCAGGCAGAGUUUUUGAUGACUUGGGCAGUCAUCAAAAACUCUUAUGUGACAGUUCACUUUUGGUGAGGCGACAAGGUGUCUUUCAACUUGCUUAUACAGUUCUUGAUGACGCUGUAUUAGAUGAAGAAGGAACUGAAAUUGUGCGAGAAGCAUUGCUAUCUAGUCAAAAGAAGAUUGCAUUUAUGAGGGGUUCUCGUCAAGAUGGUUCAACGAGUUCUAUCCAAUUGCCUAUUUCUCUCGGAAGCCAACAUGGUUUGAAAGAACCACUGAAAGUUAGGGCAAAGGGUUGUGGUAAGCGUUUGAAAGGAGGGAAAGAGAAGGCCGUCAAGAAAAGUAGGAAAUGUCAUGGGUGUGGGUUAUUGGGGCAGUCGCAUGACAAAAGAAAUUGUCCGAAGCUUAUGAACACGUCUUCACAAGAUGCUACUAUGUAUGACGACGACGACGACGACGACUUUGCCGAUGAAUGUUGGGGUGGCUCAGGUGGUUCCAAUGCUGAGCCCAAGAAUCAAACUAGGGAAUGGGGCAUUUCAGGUACAAUUAUGGCUAAUUUAAGCACCAUGAAAUGUGAUGAUUGUCGUGGAAUUCAAGAGCAUAUUUUGAACAUGUAUGAUAAUAAAGCUGCAAUGCUUGCAACUUUGGGAAUUCAAGUGGAUGAGUCUUUCCUUAUUCAAGCUAUACUUAAUUCACUUCCAGCACAGUUUGGCCCAUUCAAAAUUCACUGUAAUGCCCACAAGAAAGAGUGGAGUUUGAAUGAGCUAACAAACUUGUGUGUUCAUGAAGAAAUGAGAUUGAGAAAGGAAAGACGUCACACUGCAUUGGCUAUAACUUAA